AUGGCGGAAAAGCUAGAGACCCUGGAUCUGCCCGUGGAGCCCAAUAAAAUAGUGGUCCAGUGCUCAGACAAAGGCAUGGAUAAAGUUCCUUAUGGCAUUCCCUAUAAUGCCCGCUACGUCCUCCUCAUGAAUAACCACAUCAACAGCAUCCAGCUGGACCUGCUCAAUGAAUAUGUCUCUAUGGAGUUUCUUGUGUUGAGCAACAAUCUGCUAACAGAUGGUGCCAUAGAAGGAGCCUUUGAGGGGGUGCCAGCUCUGAAACGCCUCUACCUGGAUAGGAACCUCCUAGAAAGUGUGCCAACUGACCUUCCAUUUUCUCUCGAGGAGCUUCGUUUGGACAAUAACCAGUUGGGUGUGAUGUCUGAGGCAGCCUGGGCCCGGUGCCCCGGCCUCUUGGUUCUGAGCCUCAGCAACAACAGCCUGGGGAAUGGAUCUGAAUCUCUUCCUAAUACAGUGCUCUCUCCUCUGUGUAACCUGCGCACUCUGAACCUGGAUUACAACCAGCUGACGUCAGUUCCUCUGGGCCUGCCACUGUCCAUCAAAGAGCUGUAUCUCAAAGGGAAUCUCAUUGAGCAAUUUCGUGGAGGAGCCUUCAAUGGUAUUUCAGAGCUGGUGGUGUUGGAUCUGAGUGCAAACAGACUUACAAACAAAGGUCUUCCCAGGGAGUCCCUCCUCAAUGCAACCCACUUGGAAAGCCUCAACUUAGAGGGAAACAGACUGAAGCAAGUGCCACGACACCUUCCCCUGCUCACUAAAAACUCUAAAUCUGGAGGGAAACCUCAUAUCUUCCAUCAAGAAAGCAGCUUUCAGCAGCUUGAAAAACCUGGAACACCUGGGCUUGGCUAGGAACAAGAUCUUCAAAGUUGCAAUAGGUGCGUUUAGGACAUUGCCCGUCCUGCACCAGUUAGACCUGUGCCACAACACCUUACGCCAAAUGCCCAGACAGUUACCGCAGGGUUUACAUUCAGUAGCGCUAACCCACAACAAGAUUCAAUCAGUGCCUCGAGAUGCUUUCUGCUGGGGUAAUAGGAGUCUGAGUCUCAGCGGGCUCGUACGAGUGCAGCUGGAACACAAUUUAAUUGAUAUGGGGAAACUGGAUGCACAGGCUUUUAGAUGCCUGCGU